CAACCUUGAAGUCAAGUCUCAGUUCUUAAAUAACCUGAAGUCGCAGCACGCAUAAUGCCGGCAAUCACUUCGGAGAGUACCAAGCGGAAAGCUUCGGAGGAGGCUCUUUCCCCAGAUUCCCAACAGCGGAGCAAGAAAGCGCGCACCGACACCCCGGAGAAGGAUCUCAAGACCGAAGAUGAUCUCUUCGAUAAGCCGCCCAUGCGGAUUGUCCCGUUCCCGGAGAAGCCCGCAGUACUCGAAGAGCGUCGUGGCGAGAUCGAAUUUCGAGUCGUUAAUAAUGACGGCUCGCGCGAUAGUUUCGUCGUCCUGACCGGCCUCAAGUGCAUUUUCCAGAAACAGCUCCCCAAAAUGCCCAAAGACUACAUCGCGCGCUUAGUCUACGACCGGUCGCAUCUUUCUAUCGCUAUCGUUAAACAUCCCUUGGAGGUUGUCGGAGGCAUCACAUACCGCCCGUUCAACAGCCGCAGGUUCGCCGAGAUUGUCUUCUGUGCUAUCUCUUCCGACCAACAAGUCAAAGGAUAUGGUGCGCAUCUGAUGUCCCAUUUGAAGGAUUACGUCAAGGCUACUUCGGAUAUCAUGCACUUUCUAACCUACGCCGACAACUACGCCAUCGGUUACUUCAAGAAGCAGGGCUUCACUAAAGAGAUCACGCUGGAUAAAUCCGUCUGGAUGGGUUAUAUCAAGGAUUAUGAGGGAGGAACAAUCAUGCAGUGCACGAUGCUACCCACGAUACGGUACCUCGAGGUCGGUCGCAUGCUUCUGAAACAGAAGGAAGCGGUCCAUGCGAAGAUUCGCGCUUUCAGUCGGUCACAUAUCAUCCACCCACCUCCCAAGGAGUGGAAGAACGGGCCUUACAAGAUUGACCCCCUACUGAUCCCAGCUAUCAAAGAGUCGGGAUGGUCGCCGGACAUGGAUGAAUUAGCGCGGCAGCCCCGCCACGGGCCCAAUUACAACCAACUUCUACAUCUUCUCAACGACAUGCAGAACCACAGUGCCGCGUGGCCGUUCACACAACCGGUCAACCGAGAUGAAGUGCCAGACUACUACGAAGUCAUCAAGGAGCCCAUGGAUCUGUCGACCAUGGAAGAGAAACACGAGAAGGACAUGUAUCCGACGCCACAGGACUUCAUCAAGGACGCCAUGUUGAUUUUCGACAAUUGCCGUCGAUACAACAAUGAGAACACGCCGUAUGCCAAGAGUGCCAACAAGCUGGAGAAAUUCAUGUGGCAGCAGAUACGUAACAUCCCGGAGUGGUCGCAUUUGGCAGAGAAUCACUGAACAAGUACUUAUGCAGUCUUUAGUGCGUAGGCGUUCCGGUUGGCGUUUGCUUUUGUGUAUGAUGAACGAAUACCCAAUUUAUGAGAAUAUGGAGCGGUUUGCUUUCCUUUGCACUUGGUGUCUUGUUCUUCUCGUGCAAGUGGACAUAAUUCAUGCUAGAUAUCAGUUUGUUGAUCUGUGAUAGCGCCGUUCAGUGCGGUUUUGUAUCUUUGAGUCUUGUGGUCAUAUUCUGCAAUAGCAAUAGGAUGG